UCAUUGCAAAUAUGGGUCCCCGGCGGAAAAGCGUGAAACCGUGCUCAGUGAACAGGGAAGGCUCUGAGUCUACCAAAGUGGAUGAGCCAAAAGAUUACAUGAACCAACUCUCUCAUGAAGUGCUUUGCCACAUUUUUAGGUACCUUCCCUUGCAGGAUAUCAUGUGCAUGGAAUGCCUGUCCCGGAAGCUGAAGGAAGCAGUCACACUUUAUCUACGAGUAGUGAAGGUGGUGGAUCUAUGUGCAGGCCGUUGGUGGGAAUACAUGCCCACUGGUUUCACUGAUUCCAGUUUCCUAACGCUGCUGAGGAAGAUGCCAGACAUUGAACAACUUUAUGGUCUUCAUCCCAGGUAUCUUGAAAGACGCAGAGUCCGUGGCCAUGAAGCUUUCAGCAUUCCUGGAGUUUUAGAGGCUUUGCAGGCCUGUCCAAAUCUGCUGGGUGUUGAGACCUCUCAUUUAGAGCUGGUGGAAGCCAUUUGGACAUACAUGCCACAAGUUCACAUUUUAGGGAAGUUUCGUAAUCGUAAUGGUGCUUUCCCAAUUCCUCCUGAGAACAAGCUGAAAAUUCCUAUAGGAGCUAAAAUUCAGACUUUGCACUUAGUAGGGGUGAAUGUCCCUGAGAUUCCUUGUAUCCCAAUGCUGAGGCACCUUUAUUUGAAGUGGGUGAGACUCACCAAACCCCAGCCUUUUAAAGAUUUCCUGUGUAUCAGCUUACGUGCUUUUGUCAUGAGGAACUGUGCUGGACCCACAAAUUCCUUGAAGUAUGUUCCUCUAGUGACGGGCCUGGCUUCUGCUCGAAACUUGGAGCAUUUAGAACUGGUUCGUGUUCCGUUUCUUGGAGGACUUAUCCAGCACGUGGUAGAAGAUAGCUGGAGAUCAGGUGGUUUUAGGAAUUUGCACACUAUAGUUCUGGGAGCUUGCAAGAAUGCACUUGAAGUGGAUCUUGGCUACCUCAUCAUAACUGCUGCACGAAGGUUGCAUGAAGUGCGGAUCCAGCCUUCCCUGACCAAAGACGGUGUUUUUUCUGCUUUGAAGAUGGCUGAACUGGAAUUUCCACAGUUUGAAACUCUUCAUCUAGGAUAUGUUGAUGAAUUUUUACUACAGUGUAAAAUGACAAAUGGAGACUUGGUGAAGUAUGGCUUGGCUGAUGUGGUUGAAAAUCCGGGCAUUAUUACAGAUAUUGGUAUGAAAGCUGUAAAUGAAGUUUUUUCUUGCAUCAAGUAUCUGGUCAUUUACAACUGCCCACAUCUACAUAACCCAAAUAAUUGGAUCACAGAUCAUUCAAGGUGGACCCGACUGGUUGACCUCACCCUGGUGCGAUGCCAUGCGAUAAAGCUAGAUUCUUUUAGUCAGUUCAUUGAGUUAUUGCCAAGCUUAGAGUUUAUUUCUCUGGACCAGAUGUUUCGUGAACCUCCUAAGGGUUGUGCUCGUGUGGGCCUAAGUGCAGGCACAGGAAUUGGUGUCUCGUCUGCCCUAGUCAGCAAUCAGAACUCUAACAACGACAAUGACAACAACAAUAACCACCAGAAUAACAAUAAUGCAAACAUCCACCACAACAAUCCCCAACACCCGAAUGACCAGAAUGAGGAGAAUGAGCUGCGGCAAGAUGGUCAAGCUGAAGAGCAGCAGAUUGCAGCUGAGGCACUGAAUGAGAUGGAGGAGGUGGCACAGGAAGAAGGGAUGGCUGUUGGGCAGGGCCAGAAUGAGCUCCCAGCACACAGCCAGGCUGUUGUUCCUAUGGAGGUUGAUGAAGAACAAGCAGGACCAAGUGGCAUUCAGUCUGUUGUAAAAGUAGCACCUAUUACUGUCCAUGAUUCAGACAGUGAGGAUGAGGAAGAAAACAUGGGGACUUCAAGAGCCUGCAUCUCUAACAGCAUUGCACAGAAUUACUCAGACGGAGAAGAGAAAAGCAGGGAUCCAGUGGAAACUAGAGAACCCUCAGUGAGCGGUAAAGGCAAGACACCACUGCGGAAGAGAUGUAGUGCCAGCCAAGUGGGCCAGACAAAGCAGUUCCAUACCGAGGAAAGCAGCUGUGAGAAAGGUUGUCAAGUAACAAGUGAGCAAAUUAAAGCAGACAUGAAAGCAGCAAGUGACAUGCCUGAAAGGAACAAAAGCAAAGAUUCUUACCCGAGUUGCAGUAGUGCUGCAGGAUCAGCGGGAACGUCCGGCUCCUGCAAUGCUGUUUCUCCUGGCCCUGACUGCACACAGACAGCUAAUAGCCACUCUGCUGGCACCAGUCCAGCAACUGGAGAUGAAUCCAGGCAGUGUGUCUGCUCGCCUUGUAAGAGUGAAGGUUCCAGCGAGAGAGAGACUGAGGAGAGCUCGGUUUGUUCCAGGUGUUCCUACUACAAGCCCCAGGAUGCACAGCAGAGGACUAGUGGGUGUUGCGAUGGGGAAUGCCCAUCCACGAGUGGAGCCUGCAGGAAUGGACCAAACAGCUCCGGGUCAGAUUUUGCACUUAGGACUCUGCCAAACAGUGGGUCUUCAGGAGAGACACGUGACGAGAGGACUAGUGGGAGUACCAGUGGGCCUGCCGGUGAGGAGGAGAGCAUGAGCUCACAGCGAAGGAGUUGUGAGAGGGAGUAUCAAGAAGAGUAUCCUCGACGACCACUAACAAGAGCUAGAAGCAAGCUGUCCCACGUCCCUCUGGUGUCGGAGUCAGAGGUGGCUAAGCCAAAGCCAAGGCAAACCACAAAGCGGAAAAGGACAGCUGACAAGUCCACAAGUACAAGUGAUCCGGUUAUUGAAGAUGAUCAUGUUCAAGUGCUGACUUUGAAAUCCAAAAACCUUGUUGGAAUCACCUUGACCAAUUGUGGAAUAACAGAUUUGGUACUGAAAGACUGUCCCAAAAUGAUGUUCAUACAUG